CCUGUUCCAGAAUGAAUGUUACGGGAAGUUUCAGAGAAGCUGAACAAGUACAAUUUGAACAGUCACCCACCUUUGAAUGUACUGGAGCAGGCUACUAUAAAACAGUGUGUGGUGGGGCCGAAUCACGCUGCCUUUCUUCUUGAGGAUGGCAGAAUUUGUAGGAUUGGUUUUUCAGUACAACCAGACAGACUGGAAUUGGGUAAACCUGAUAAUAAUGAUGGGUCAAAACUGAGCAGCAGCAGCUCGGGGGCAGGGAGGACGUCCAGACCUGGCAGGACAAGUGACUCUCCGUGGUUUCUCUCAGGCUCGGAGACUCUGGGCAGGCUGGCAGGCAACACUCUGGGGAGCCGCUGGAGUUCUGGAGUGGGCGGAAGUGGAGGAGGAGGUUCCUCUGGCAGAUCAUCUGCUGGGGCUCGUGACUCCCGGCGACAGACGCGAGUCAUUCGGACAGGACGGGAUCGGGGGUCAGGACUUCUGGGCAGCCAGCCCCAGCCAGUUAUCCCAGCAUCCGUCAUCCCUGAGGAGCUGAUUUCACAGGCCCAGGUUGUUUUACAAGGCAAGUCCAGGAGUGUCAUUAUUCGAGAACUUCAGCGGACAAACCUGGACGUAAACCUUGCUGUAAAUAAUUUGCUCAGCCGAGACGAUGAAGACGGAGACGAUGGGGAUGAUACGGCCAGCGAAUCUUACCUGCCUGGAGAGGAUCUUAUGUCUCUGCUUGAUGCUGACAUUCACUCUGCCCACCCAAGUGUCAUUAUCGAUGCUGAUGCCAUGUUCUCUGAGGACAUUAGCUAUUUUGGUUACCCUUCUUUUCGUCGUUCAUCACUUUCUAGGCUAGGCUCAUCUCGAGAGAGAGACUCCGAGCUUUUGCGGGAACGGGAAUCUGUUCUGCGUUUGCGGGAACGAAGGUGGCUUGAUGGAGCCUCAUUUGAUAAUGAAAGGGGCUCUACCAGUAAAGAAGGAGAGCCAAACCAGGACAAGAAGAACACACCUGUCCAAAGUCCAGUGUCCCUGGGGGAAGAUUUACAAUGGUGGCCUGAUAAGGAUGGAACAAAAUUUACGUGCAUUGGGGCUCUGUAUUCUGAGCUUCUCGCUGUCAGUAGUAAAGGAGAGCUUUAUCAGUGGAAAUGGAGUGAGUCUGAACCCUACAGGAACGCCCAGAAUCCUUCACUACAUCAUCCACGAGCAGCAGUUUUGGGGCUGACCAAUGAAAAGAUCGUCCUCCUGUCUGCAAACAGCAUAAGAGCCACUGUGGCUACUGAGAACAACAAGGUUGCUACAUGGGUGGAUGAGACUUUAAGUUCCGUGGCUUCUAAGUUAGAGCACACGGCGCAGACUUACUCUGAACUUCAAGGAGAACGGAUAGUUUCUUUACAUUGCUGUGCCCUUUAUACCUGUGCCCAGCUGGAGAAUAAUUUAUAUUGGUGGGGUGUUGUCCCUUUUAGUCAAAGGAAGAAAAUGUUAGAGAAAGCUAGAGCAAAAAAUAAAAAGCCUAAAUCCAGUGCUGGUAUUUCCUCCAUGCCAAACAUCACUGUUGGAACUCAGGUGUGCUUAAGAAAUAAUCCUCUUUAUCAUGCUGGAGCAGUGGCAUUUUCAAUCAGUGCUGGAAUUCCUAAAGUUGGUGUCUUAAUGGAGUCAGUUUGGAAUAUGAAUGAUAGCUGUAGAUUUCAACUGCGGUCUCCAGAGAGUCUGAAAAGUAUGGAAAAAGCCAGCAAAACCAUUGAAACAAAGGGCACCGUGCAGGCCUCAGCAGACAGCAGGGUACCCCCAGUGCCCUACAAACGACGUCGAUCAACUCCUGCCCCGAAGGAAGAGGAAAAGGUGAACGAAGAGCAGUGGUCUCUACGGGAAGUUGUUUUUGUUGAGGAUGUCAAGAAUGUUCCUGUCGGCAAGGUGCUGAAGGUGGACGGUGCCUAUGUUGCUGUAAAGUUUCCAGGAACAUCCAGUAACACGAACUGUCCGAACAGCUCUGGCCCGGAUGCUGACCCUUCUUCGCUCCUGCAGGACUGCAGACUCCUUAGAAUUGAUGAACUGCAGGUUGUCAAAACUGGUGGCACACCGAAAGUUCCUGACUGUUUUCAGAGGACCCCCAAAAAGCUGUGCAUACCAGAGAAGACUGAAAUCCUAGCAGUGAAUGUGGACUCCAAAGGUGUGCACGCUGUUUUGAAGACAGGAAACUGGGUACGGUACUGUAUUUUUGAUCUUGCUACAGGAAAAGCCGAACAAGAAAAUAAUUUCCCAACAAGCAGCACUGCUUUUCUUGGUCAGAAUGAGAGGAAUGUAGCUAUUUUCACUGCUGGACAGGAAUCUCCUAUUAUUCUUCGAGAUGGAAAUGGUACUAUCUACCCAAUGGCCAAAGAUUGCAUGGGAGGAAUCAGGGAUCCUGACUGGCUUGAUCUUCCACCAAUUAGCAGUCUUGGGAUGGGUGUGCAUUCUUUAAUAAAUCUUCCUGCUAAUUCAACAAUUAAAAAGAAAGCUGCUAUUAUCAUCAUGGCUGUAGAGAAACAAACCUUAAUGCAGCAUAUUCUUCGUUGUGACUAUGAGGCCUGCCGACAGUAUCUCAUGAAUCUUGAACAAGCAGUUGUUUUAGAGCAGAACCUACAGAUGCUGCAGACCUUCAUCAGCCACAGAUGUGAUGGGAAUCGGAACAUUCUGCAUGCUUGUGUAUCAGUUUGCUUUCCAACUAGCAAUAAGGAAACUAAGGAAGAAGAGGAGGCUGAGCGGUCAGAAAGAAAUACAUUUGCAGAAAGGCUUUCUGCUGUAGAGGCCAUUGCAAAUGCAAUAUCGGUUGUUUCAAGUAAUGGCCCAGGUAAUCGGGCUGGAUCAUCAAGUAGUCGAAGUUUGAGAUUACGGGAAAUGAUGAGACGGUCAUUGAGAGCAGCUGGUUUGGGUAGACAUGAGGCUGGAGCUUCAUCCAGUGACCACCAGGAUCCAGUUUCACCCCCCAUAGCUCCCCCUAGUUGGGUUCCUGACCCACCUUCAAUGGAUCCUGAUGGUGACAUUGAUUUUAUCCUGGCCCCCGCUGUGGGAUCUCUUACCACAGCAGCGACUGGCAGUGGUCAAGGACCGAGCACCUCCACCAUCCCAGGUCCUUCCACAGAGCCUUCUGUGGUGGAGUCCAAGGACCGAAAGGCAAAUGCUCACUUCAUAUUAAAAUUGCUGUGCGACAGUGCAGUUCUGCAGCCUUACCUGCGAGAGCUCCUUUCUGCCAAGGAUGCCAGAGGGAUGACGCCAUUUAUGUCGGCUGUAAGCGGCCGGGCUUACCCUGCUGCCAUUACCAUCUUAGAGACAGCCCAGAAAAUCGCGAAAGCUGAAGUGUCCUCAAGUGAAAAAGAGGAAGAUGUGUUUAUGGGGAUGGUUUGCCCAUCAGGCACAAACCCCGAUGACUCUCCUUUGUACGUCUUGUGCUGCAACGACACCUGCAGUUUUACGUGGACUGGAGCAGAGCACAUCAACCAGGACAUCUUUGAAUGCCGCACUUGCGGUUUACUGGAGUCGCUCUGUUGCUGUACAGAGUGUGCGAGGGUCUGUCACAAAGGCCACGACUGCAAACUCAAGCGAACUUCACCAACAGCCUAUUGUGAUUGUUGGGAGAAAUGUAAGUGUAAAACUCUGAUUGCUGGACAGAAAUCUGCUCGCCUUGAUCUCCUUUAUCGCCUGCUCACUGCUACAAAUCUGGUCACCCUACCAAACAGCAGGGGAGAGCACCUCUUGCUGUUCUUAGUACAGACUGUGGCCAGGCAGACAGUGGAACACUGUCAGUAUAGGCCUCCACGAAUCAGGGAGGACCGUAACCGGAAAACAGCCAGUCCUGAAGAUUCGGAUAUGCCUGAUCACGACUUAGAGCCUCCAAGGUUUGCCCAGCUCGCACUGGAGCGAGUCCUGCAGGACUGGAAUGCUUUAAGAUCUAUGAUCAUGUUUGGGUCACAGGAGAAUAAAGACCCUCUGAGUGCCAGCAGUAGGAUAGGCCAUCUGUUGCCAGAAGAGCAGGUCUACCUCAAUCAGCAGAGUGGCACCAUUCGGCUGGACUGUUUCACUCACUGCCUUAUCGUCAAGUGUACAGCUGAUAUUUUGCUUUUAGAUACUCUGCUGGGCACCUUAGUGAAAGAACUCCAGAACAAAUACACACCUGGACGCCGAGAAGAAGCAGUCGCUGUGACAAUGAGGUUUCUACGGUCCGUGGCAAGAGUGUUUGUCAUUCUUAGUGUGGAAAUGGCUUCAUCCAAAAAGAAAAACAAUUUUAUUCCACAGCCGAUUGGAAAGUGCAAGCGUGUGUUCCAAGCACUGCUCCCUUACGCGGUAGAAGAGCUGUGCAAUGUGGCCGAGUCUCUGAUCGUCCCCGUCAGGAUGGGGAUUGCUCGCCCCACAGCCCCAUUCACGCUGGCCAGCACUAGCAUCGAUGCCAUGCAAGGCAGCGAAGAGCUGUUCUCGGUGGAACCAUUGCCACCACGGCCGUCGUCAGAUCAGUCGAGCAGCUCCAGUCAAUCCCAGUCAUCUUACAUCAUCCGGAAUCCACAGCAGAGGCGCAUCAGCCAGUCACAGCCUGUCAGAGGCCGAGAUGAGGAACAGGAUGAUAUUGUUUCAGCAGAUGUGGAGGAGGUUGAGGUGGUGGAAGGCGUGGCUGGAGAGGAAGACCAUCACGACGAACAGGAAGAACACGGGGAAGAAACUGCCGAGGCUGAGGGCCACCACGAUGAGCAUGAUGAAGAUGGAAGUGACAUGGAGCUGGAUCUGUUGGCAGCUGCAGAGACGGAAAGUGACAGUGAAAGUAACCAUAGUAACCAGGACAACGCCAGUGGGCGCAGAAGUGUGGUCACCGCGGCCACGGCUGGCUCGGAAGCAGGAGCAAGCAGUGUCCCUGCCUUUUUCUCUGAAGACGACUCUCAGUCCAAUGACUCGAGUGACUCUGACAGCAGUAGCAGUCAGAGUGACGACAUAGAGCAGGAGACCUUCAUGCUCGAUGAACCCUUAGAAAGGAGCACCACUAGCUCCCACGCAAAUGGCGCUGCCCAGGCCCCUCGCUCCAUGCAGUGGGCUGUCCGGAAUACGCAACAUCAGCGAGCGGCUAGCACAGUGCCGUCCAGUACAUCUACACCAGCAGCCAGUUCCGCGGGCUUGAUUUAUAUUGAUCCUUCAAAUUUACGCCGGAGCGGCACCAUCAGCACAAGUGCUGCAGCUGCAGCAGCUGCUUUGGAAGCUAGCAAUGCCAGCAGCUACUUAACCUCUGCAAGCAGCUUAGCCAGGGCUUACAGCAUUGUCGUCAGGCAGAUCUCGGACCUGAUGGGCCUCAUCCCGAAGUAUAACCACCUGGUGUACUCGCAGAUUCCAGCAGCCGUGAAACUGACUUACCAAGAUGCAGUCAACUUACAGAACUAUGUAGAAGAAAAGCUUAUUCCCACGUGGAACUGGAUGGUCAGUAUUAUGGAUUCUACUGAAGCUCAAUUACGUUAUGGUUCUGCAUUAGCAUCUGCUGGUGAUCCAGGACAUCCAAAUCAUCCCCUUCAUGCCUCUCAGAAUUCAGCUCGAAGAGAGAGGAUGACUGCACGAGAAGAGGCCAGUUUAAGGACUCUUGAAGGCAGACGACGUGCCACAUUGCUUAGUGCCCGCCAGGGGAUGAUGUCUGCUCGCGGAGAUUUUCUCAAUUACGCUCUUUCUUUAAUGAGAUCUCAUAAUGAUGAGCAUUCGGAUGUUCUUCCCGUGUUGGAUGUGUGUUCAUUGAAACAUGUGGCGUAUGUUUUCCAAGCCCUCAUAUAUUGGAUUAAAGCAAUGAAUCAACAGACAACAUUGGACACCCCUCAACUGGAACGCAAAAGGACACGAGAACUUUUGGAACUGGGCAUUGAUAAUGAAGAUUCAGAACAUGAAAACGAUGAUGACACCAAUCAAAGUGCUACUUUGAAUGAUAAGGAUGAUGAAUCUCUUCCUGCAGAAACUGGCCAAAACCACCCUUUUUUCCGACGCUCAGACUCGAUGACGUUCCUUGGAUGUAUACCCCCAAAUCCAUUUGAAGUGCCUCUGGCUGAAGCCAUACCCUUGGCUGAUCAGCCACAUCUGUUGCAGCCAAAUGCUAGAAAGGAAGAUCUAUUUGGCCGUCCAAGUCAGGGUCUUUAUUCCUCAUCUUCCAGUAGUGGGAAAUGCUUAGUGGAAGUUACAAUGGACAGAAAUUGCCUUGAGGUUCUUCCAACUAAAAUGUCUUAUGCUGCCAAUCUAAAAAAUGUAAUGAACAUGCAAAACCGGCAAAAGAAAGAAGGGGAAGAACAGAGUGCGCUGGCUGAAGAAGCUGAGAGUUCAAAGCCAGGGCCGUCUGCUCAUGAUGUUGCCGCCCAGUUAAAAAGCAGUUUACUAGCAGAGAUCGGACUCACUGAAAGUGAAGGGCCACCCCUUACAUCAUUCAGGCCGCAGUGCAGUUUCAUGGGGAUGCUCAUCUCUCAUGACAUGUUGCUGGGACGUUGGCGCCUGUCUUUAGAGCUGUUUGGCAGAGUGUUCAUGGAAGAUGUUGGAGCAGAGCCUGGAUCAAUCUUAACUGAACUGGGUGGUUUUGAGGUAAAAGAAUCAAAGUUCCGUAGAGAAAUGGAAAAACUGAGAAACCAGCAAUCAAGAGAUUUAUCACUAGAGGUUGACCGGGAUCGGGAUCUUCUCAUUCAGCAGACCAUGAGGCAGCUCAACAACCAUUUCGGCCGAAGAUGUGCCACCACACCGAUGGCUGUCCACAGAGUCAAGGUCACCUUUAAGGAUGAACCAGGAGAGGGCAGUGGCGUAGCACGGAGUUUCUACACAGCCAUCGCACAAGCAUUUUUAUCAAAUGAAAAAUUGCCAAAUCUAGACUGUAUCCAGAAUGCCAACAAAGGUACCCACACAAGUUUAAUGCAAAGAUUGAGGAACCGAGGAGAGAGAGACCGGGAAAGAGAGAGAGAGAGAGAAAUGAGGAGGAGUAGUGGCUUGCGAGCAGGAUCUCGGAGAGACCGGGAUAGAGACUUCAGGAGACAGCUUUCCAUCGAUACCAGGCCGUUCAGACCCGCUUCUGAGGGGAACCCUAGCGAUGACCCCGACCCUCUGCCAGCUCAUCGGCAGGCCCUUGGAGAGAGGCUUUACCCCCGGGUCCAAGCAAUGCAGCCUGCAUUUGCAAGUAAAAUCACCGGCAUGCUGUUGGAAUUAUCCCCAGCGCAGCUGCUUCUCCUGCUAGCAAGUGAAGAUUCUCUGAGGGCAAGAGUCGAUGAGGCCAUGGAGCUCAUUAUUGCCCACGGACGGGAAAAUGGAGCUGAUAGUAUCUUGGACCUUGGAUUAUUAGACUCCUCGGAAAAGGUACAGGAAAACCGAAAGCGUCACGGCUCUAGUCGGAGUGUAGUAGAUAUGGAUUUAGAUGAUACAGAUGAUGGGGACGACAAUGCUCCUUUGUUCUACCAACCUGGAAAGAGAGGCUUUUAUACUCCGAGACCUGGCAAAAACACAGAAGCACGGUUGAAUUGUUUCAGAAACAUUGGCAGGAUUCUUGGACUAUGUCUGUUGCAAAAUGAACUAUGUCCUAUCACAUUGAAUAGGCAUGUAAUUAAAGUGUUGCUUGGUAGAAAAGUCAACUGGCAUGACUUUGCUUUUUUUGACCCUGUAAUGUAUGAGAGUCUGCGACAACUGAUCCUGGCGUCUCAGAGUUCCGAUGCUGAUGCUGUUUUCUCAGCCAUGGAUUUGGCAUUUGCCAUCGACCUGUGUAAAGAAGAGGGUGGAGGACAGGUUGAACUCAUUGCAAAUGGUGUGAAUAUACCAGUCACUCCUCAGAAUGUCUAUGAGUAUGUGAGGAAGUACGCAGAGCACAGGAUGUUGGUAGUUGCAGAACAGCCAUUACAUGCAAUGAGGAAGGGUCUACUAGAUGUGCUUCCAAAAAACUCCUUAGAAGACUUAACAGCAGAAGACUUUCGGCUUUUGGUGAACGGCUGUGGGGAAGUCAAUGUGCAGAUGCUGAUCAGUUUCACCUCUUUCAAUGAUGAGUCAGGAGAGAAUGCUGACAAGCUUCUCCAGUUCAAGCGUUGGUUCUGGUCAAUAGUAGAGAAAAUGAGCAUGACAGAACGGCAGGACCUUGUUUACUUUUGGACAUCAAGCCCAUCGUUGCCAGCCAGUGAAGAAGGUUUCCAGCCUAUGCCUUCAAUCACAAUAAGACCACCAGAUGACCAACAUCUUCCUACUGCAAAUACUUGUAUUUCUCGACUUUAUGUCCCACUCUAUUCCUCUAAACAGAUUCUCAAACAAAAAUUACUACUCGCCAUUAAGACCAAGAAUUUUGGUUUUGUGUAGAGUAUAAAAAGUGUGUAUUGCCGUGUAAUAUUACUAGCUAAUUUUGUAGAUUUUUUUUUUCCCAUUUGUCUAUAAAAGUUUAUGGAAGUUAAUGCUGUCAUACCCCCCUGGUGGUACCUUAAAGAGAUUAAAUGCAGACAUUCCUUGCUGAGUUUGUAGCUUAAAGGCCUGAGAAGCACUGGCACCUUUUGUCUAUGAUGGUUUGCUAGUCGCCAUCUUCUAGGUCUAACCCCAGCCAAAGAUGACAGCAGAACAACAUAAUUUACACUGUGAUUUAUCUUUUUUGCUGAGGGGGAAAAAUGUAAAAUGUUCUGAAAAUUCACUGCUGCCUUUGUGGAAAGUGUUUCGGCAAAGGUUCUUGUAUAGAGGGAAUAGGGAAUUUCAAAAUAAAAAAUUAAGUAUGUUCUGUGUUUUCAUUUUAA